AUGCCCGUCUCCAACAUCGCUGCGGCCUUCGCUGCCCAGCAAGCCUCCUAUAGCAUCCCCAUCCCGCACGAUGGCGUCCACGCGGCCUCGACAGGCGCCCUCUUGACGCCUCCGUCUUCGAUAUCACCCAUCCUCUCGGCCCACAAGCGCAGGCCGGCCUUGCCGAUAGCUGGGAGGGUAGACACACCGGAAACAAUGGACAUCGACCUGCAAGAUGCGGUCGAGCACGCCGCGGCGCAAGACCAGCCCUCAGCCCUGUCCAAGGAGGCGCUCGCCGGCCUCGACGCCACGCGUCAAAUUACGGCUGCCAUGUUGGCGAAGCACCAUCUGCCUGCGAUCAUAGUCGGCCAUGGUGCGAUGCCCAUCCGCGAGAUGAUGGCACAUCUCACUCAGUCAGUCCCUGGCUUCUCUGGGCUAGCACCCGCGAAAGCAAGGCGGCUCGUUGUCGCAGCGCUGGAACAUCGCGCUGGCGGCGGCAUGCACGGCGAGGUUAAGUUUGAGAAGGUCGGCUGGGGUAGGUGGAGCGUCGCGGGCUCGUCACAGGCUCGCGGCGUGCCCAUUGGUAGCCUGCGCGGUGGCAGUGGAACAACACCACCAGCCAGUGUAGACAGCACCGCCGGCGGACUGCAAAUUCCCAAGCCGCGCCAGGAGCGCGACGCGUACCAGGGCAGCUGGAAUGCUGGCUCAUGGUCGCCGCCUCACAAGAUGGAAGAUGACGAAGAGAUGGCCGACCAGAUGUCCCUGGACGGCUCUGACGACAGCACUGACUCUGACUCGGCGUCCGACAUGGAUCUCGGCGAAGAUCUUGACGAUGACACCGACCAGGAGGACUGGUCCACGAUGGGCCCACAGGUUUCGCGGGAGACCCGCCGCGGCCCGCGACGCGAACACCGUGACUACAACUACCUAAGCCGCACGCAGUCGAGCAACCCGCGCUAUCGCAGCAUCUCGGCUCAAGGCCACUCGCUGCCACAAGGCGGUUUCCAGGGUUCCAUUUCUUCUCGUACCCCGGCUAUGGGUAGCACCCCCCUUCCUCUCAAGUUCACUGCAUCUCCUGGAGUUACUGGGUCUGGUGCUGAGCGCGAUGCAAUCGAGGCUCUCCUCUCUAUGGGCUCCAUGCCUCGCAGCUAG